GGUCAGUCUCAGUCGAGUGGCUCGGGGCGGCGCGAGGGGUCGGGAGAGCGGCGGCGGCGGGGGAGAGUGAGGGAGUGAGGCGCGUGUGUGACAUGUGAGGAGGACGGCUUGUGGCUGGGGUCCUGUGGAGGCUGUCGAAGACUUGUCUGCCUGCCCGCCGAACAAUCCGAAGUCGGCGGUCGGCGAUGGCCUCCCGCGGGGCGCUGCGCCGGACCGGCAGUCUGGACCGGCCCGGCGGAGACGAGCGACGCUCCGUCUCCAACAUCAGACAGCAGUUUGAGGCCGGCCGCGGCAAGUGCCGCAACCUUAGCGACCCGGAGAGUCUGCAGCGCCAACCGGUGCGGCCCGGACUGUCGACAGGGAUCAGCCAGACGCACCACAAGUACCUGGCCGAGCCGCCCGUGCAGCUGCGAGGCCGCGGCGUGGCGCUGCCGGGCAUGAGUGGCGGCCUGCCGCCAGGCGGCGCCGGUGCGGACCCCCUGGCGGCGCUGCGGGGUCGCCCCGGCCCGCCACCACCGCCUCUCAACCCACUCUCGGCGGCUCAGGUACUGGCCCAGGUGUCACGAGCGAGAGCUGCUCCUGCCAUGAGGAACAGCGAGGAGAUGCUGAACAGUAUAACGAAAAGUGUGACGUCCAUCGCGCAAAGGAAGAGACACUUUUCGAACCCUACGGGAACUGCGGAGACCCUAGCGCCCUUGGCGGCGCCUGAGACUUUUGCUGAUCCUUCGCCGCUGAUCAGGCCGACAUUUGCUCAGUCCAGGCCACGAUACCUGUAUGCUGGCGUAACUGACGAACAAAAUAACGUGCAACAGCCAUACCAACCGAGACUUCCUUCACAAACACCAACGACGUCUCAAGCAAAUGGAGCUAGUUUAUCAAACUCGAACAACUCAAGUGGUAGGUCAUUUAGUAACAUUUUCUACACUGCGGCGAAUCUUACACCAAAAACAGUUGCAUCUCACACGACCGCAGCACCAUUCGUCACCAAAGAACAGAUUGUACAAGACCAAUCUACCUCCGACUUCAGCCUUGGCACGAGUUCAACCUCUGCGGGUCAAAUUACCGGUCAAUGGCAGCGUACUCCCGGCACCAACGUCCGUCCUGUCACCGAAACCACGGCCACCUUACCCACCUCCAGUACCUUCAAGUCGUUCGAUGGGAGCUCCACCAGCUCAGCAGCUACCUCUCCAUCGUCCAUCAGUCCCCAGGUCGCCGCCGAACCUCCCACCUUCAGCGGAGUGAACCCCGUGUGGCAGCCUGCCGGCCGUGCCAGGCGCGACUCGGACCCACCGACUCCCACGGGGACUCAGUCACUUCCACGGCGCUCCUCCAUCACCAAACUGGCGCAGCGGUUUGAGCAAGGUGCAGGAGGUUCUGGUAGUGGCUCGACCUCAGGUCAGUUCAACACCUGGGGUCACAGUGGUGGACAGUACUCCCGGGCUCGCCGUCCGUCGGGCGACAACGGCAUGACCAUGACGGCAUCGAUGGGGACAGCAUCUUCUGUCUCAUCGUCAGCAUUUGGGACAUCCACAAUGCCGACUACAUCCUUCUUGUCGGCUCCUUCAGGUCAAGCUAGUGCUACGGCGACUACAAAUCCCAUAGCUGCACAGCGCCGCGUCAGACACGCCUCGUGGACAGGAGGUGGGACUCCUCGCCCACAGCCGCAGCCACAGCUACCUUUCCAGCUUCAGCAGCAUCAGACACAGCAGCAGCAGCCGGAGCCGCGAGUGAUUGUACACCAAAUCAGCCUGGAUCCUACUCCGGUCUCCACAGAAAACACGAAUAAGCGCGAAAGAAAUGAUGCGAAGACCAGUGAUAUCCAGAAAAGUGGAAGCGUGGAGGCUGAGCAAUACACAACGGAGGCCGGUAGAGCAGUGCCAAUCGUUGAUGAAUCGUCACAAAGAAACAAACAACCUGAUCAUGCAAACGAUAAAAAAUGUGAGGCAAAGGCAGAAGGAUUGCCAGUGUCAGCUGUAACUGAUGGCAAACUGGAUCCCGCUGCUACACCUCCAGUGUCUCAGAACAGUGAAUCACACACAAAGAACACUGAAGCCACAUGCGAGCCUGCCGAUAAAUCUACUCCUCCCACCCUGGAGUUUCCUCCUCCACCGUCUGUCGAAACCUCUUCUCCCCCUCCGCCCCCGCCUCCUCCCCCACCACCACCACCUCCUCCUCCUCCUCCUCCAGCAAACGGUGAGCUGCCGAAGCUCCAGAUCCCCCUCAGUGAGCCUCCAUCUGACCGUUCGGACGGAGCCCGCUCACCCCGUCAGUACACCGGUGUACGACUGGCGCCGGUGACCGAUGCCAUUCUCCAGGACCGGAUAGCAAGUCUCAGUCCGGUGACUACAGACAGGUCCGACCCAGAGCGCUCUCCCCUGGCGAUGACACAAACCAGUCCCAUGCGGAGCCCGAGCAGGACCCAGGAGACAUCUCCUGAGUCAGGUGCGGAAGAGGGAACUGGAAGGACGGAGCAAAGAAGUGACGGUCAAUCAGGGAGACUGCAGAAGUCCAAGUCAGCCAGCCAGGCGGCUGACAGGAUGACGUCUUUGGCAGACAGAUGGAACCCGAAUAAAGCGGAGACCGUUUCCUCCACAGGAAGUGAAAAUCAAAAUCAGAAUGAUCAACAACAAGGAAAUUCUCCAUUGAACAGACUAUGGACGCAACAAGUACAUCAUGUCCCCAACGCUAAAACGAUACCAGUCGCCUUCAUGAAGAAGGGAAAUUCUACAGAAAAUCUUCCUACCACGUCAGCGAGCUUCUUUUCAACUCCUCAAAGGUUUAUUGAAGCUCAAUCGGAUACGGAGUCCGGCAAAGUAAAGCGAAGAGCAGCUAACAACCGAUGGAAUCCUGCAUCUUCUUCAGAACAAAUCUCCUCAAACGGCGCUAAUAUGCCCGGUCCCAAGGCCAAGGCCAGCCAGCCACAGCCAUUCUUAAACAACGACACUCAACAGACUGCGGCAGGUCACAUGUCUAAGCAGCACGAUACAGAAACGCUGAACACACAACAAGCAGUCAGAACGGCGCCUUUCACUCAAUCGUCUUCCCAGUCUGUCGCACAGUCCUCCAAGCAGCCUGACCAGUGUCAAGCCACUCAGCCGACUCUUCAAAUGGGCCCGGUCAUACAAACGGUGGCCAAGCACGCCCAGCUAUUUGAACAGCUCUCACCCCGGCCCUUGAAGCGUGGAGGAUCUUUGGAUGUGGAGCCGACAACCGAAAAGUUGGGACAAAGACAGCUUGCUUCGACAGAGCAAUCCACCAAGCAAUUAAGACCUCACCAAUCGCAGCAGCCAUUGUCACCUCAGCUUUCUAGACGAGAAGUCGCUCCGGUCUCCAGCUCGUCUUCCCAGUUCACCCAGCAGACGCAACAGCCUACGCUAAAUGUCCCAGCAGCCCAGAGCUCAUGCUCUACUACUUCUCCAUCGUUGUCUGGACCACAACACUCAACCAGCACCACUACGACGUUCAGUCCUGCAGCUUCAUCCCGCGCCCCGGUAAUGGGCGGAGCUCUAGGGUCGGGCACCAGACAGGUCACAACCGGACGCCGCAGACACUGGAGCGCUGCUGCUGGAGGGGCUCCGUCUGAGGGGUUGACUACCGCAGAGUCACCUCCUGUGGCCACGGAAGUCAGUGCAAAGAUAAGCGAGAGUCAGACUACGGCUGUCUCAGCCGCUGCAUCACAAGGGCAAAGUCAACAGCACGAGCUUUUCUUCCAGACGCCACAGUCUUCAGCCACUUCACAGGCAAGCGUCUCAACAUCCGUCGCUACGUCGCCAUCGACCACUGUCUCGUCAGCAAGCUCUCCGCCCAGCUCGACACCAAGCCGACCAGCUCAUCUACCCGCAGCGCUACCUCUGCGCACCUCAUCCCCAACAGCCGACCCGCGACCGCCGCCCUCCGCCGAGCCUGACCUCAGUUCACCACUAUCACCCCCACCGCCGCGUCCCGAGCUGCCGAGCUUCCUCACCUCGGGAAACUACCCUCCGUCCGGCGACCCCUUCCCGACCUGGUGUGACCGCGGCUCCGUCCGGAUCGACGAGGUGGACCCAAACGUUGACGUUUCUCCGUCGGUUCCUCCAACUCCGUGGGAUCGCGACCGAGACGAGACUCACACGGAGAGCAGUGACCGCGGCGAGCGGGUCCGGUCCUCGAGCCGCAGCCCGCACUCGCAGCGCACCGUGGACGGGUCGCCGACGCGGGUGAAGCGGGUCAGCUUCUCCAAGACGCUGCCGACCAAGGAUGACCCGGCUGGAGAGAGGAGCAGGGACGACUGGACGGAGGCCGACGGGCCCGGCCGCGCAGUCUCCGAGUCAACGCCAGCUGCCGACGAAGACUGGAGAACUCAGACCCGAUCACUGCCAGCACCUCAGCCUGUGCCGUCAGCGGUAUCAGCAAAUAUGGAGCCAAAAGAGGAGCCGGAGGCGGCGGACGCGUCCCACUGCCGUCGGGAUCUACUGCCGCGGCGACAUACCAUCGCCGGUUCUCGACCCGUGCUCAGACACUCAGACGCCAUGGACCUGGACAGCAACAAGAGUUCGUCCGACUCGGAGCGUUCCGUGCAGUCGCAGCAGGCCAACUUCCCGCCUGCAAAACCGGAGCGGCGCAGCUUUCCGCUGUUCUCGGGAGGUCGAGGCAACAACGCCCGGCAACAGCCACCGGUGAAGGGUUACAUGGGCUCGCCGUCGUCGUCGAUGUUCGACGAUGACCCGGGCAUCAUGUCGGAGGCGGAGACGGCCUCCACUGGGUUCCGGCGCGGUGUCAAGGUCCGCUCCUCGCUGCCCGUGGUGCGCACCACCUCCAAAACCAUGGAGCGGCCUCUCGGAGUGGUGUUCCUGCAGUACCGGAACGAGACGAAGCGGGCGCUGCUGCCCAACGAGAUCACCUCUCUGGACACGGUGAAGGCGCUAUUCGUGCGCUCCUUCCAGCACCAGCUCACCAUGGAGUAUCUCGACUCGCCCGCCUGCAAAAUCUACAUACUGGACUCCAGCCGGGACGUGUUCUACGACAUGGAGGAUAUCAGACCGCUGUCCGGCAGGGACAUUCGAGACCGGUCCGUGCUCCGUAUCUUCGAGACGGAUCAGCCGCAGUCGGCGCCCACCAACGGCACCACCUGGGACGACAACAGCUACUUCAGCGAGCCAGAGUUCGACGGAGACCAGCAGAACCAGCACGUGCACAAAACCAAGGGAAAAGGCGACGCGUUCCGGAUGCCCGGAGGACCGUACCCGGCGGGAGCACGGCCCGCGGGGACGUACCCGCCGAGGGGACAGUCCGAUAUGCCGCCGGCCAGUCGCGGCUACCACCCAGGACCAGGCCCGCCGCCAAAACCGCAGCGUGCCGGCUGCGCCGGGGGCCGGUCAGGUCGAGCCGCCGCCGCUCCAAGACCCGUGUUCUACCCUGGAGACGGGUACGCGGGAUCACCAGAGCGGGGCCGCGGCUACCCCUACCCCGGCGGUGCGGCUGGAUUUGGAGACCAGUACUACCCGCCACCGUACCGCAAUCCACUGGUGGAUGAGGAGGCAAGGCUGGCCGGGUUCUAUGACCCCGCCCCCGCCAGGAGAGCGGCGGGCGGCCGACAGUUCGAUGACAAAGUGCGUGUGGAAUCGAUGGAGCGACAGCUGGCCAACCUGACCGGGCUGGUGCAGAAGGCGCUGCACACGCCGCGGGUCAACCGAGCCGUGUCCGACCUGGACUCGGGCUAUCGGAGCGACCGCGAGACCUACCACCGCACUCCGAGCGCCAAUAGUAGUUUUGAAGUAGAGACCGAGUACCGGCCGCCACCGCCGGCCAUCCCAGACGACCAUCUCCUAAAACCUGAAAAGCCUCCAAAGUUAGGCCGAGGCAAAGACAAGUCGGUGUCUUUCGAGAAAUCGGUCAGCUUCAGUGACGACCACCACGACCCGCCCAAGCAGCACUCACCGACGCAUGCCGCGGACAAGGUCCCGGUAAAACCGGCGAUCAAGUCAUCCACGCUGCCACGAAUGGGAUCCCAAGAGCGGAUCAAGCCGCCGCCGCCGCCCAAGCCGGCCAUCCUCACUACUUAUGAGAGCCGGCACGCCGUCGCGUGCCGAGACCUUCACCUCUCGCCCGAGACGUACAACCAGCUGCGCAGUCUACAGAAGAAGGCGCACGACCUGCGACUGGAGAUGCGGAAGCUGCGGCGACUGUCGCAGGACCACGCCACCGCCGUCAACGAGAUGAUUGGAGACACCUACUCCAAAAUCAGAGUGUGUCUUCUAUCGAGCGCCGAGCUGGCGUUUGGAGGCGGCGAGACCGAGUCUGUCCGGGUCCGGAAACAGGAGGACGCCUACAGCAAGGACGUGCUCGGAGUCGAAAAGGACCUCGGUGAGGUGGAACAGCACGUGGAGGACCUCCGCAGCAAUGUCAUCAACAGAAGACGUCGGGUCAACAUGAGCGACGUCGAGAGCAUGGCGCUUGUCCUCAGCAGGUCCAGUAAGACGGUGGCUGAGCUACAGAAGCGUCUACCCGAGCUGCAGACGGAGCUGCGCGGACUGGUGGCGCAGGAGGCGGAACGGGUCAAAAAGGAGGAACGGUUUAUCGGAGAGGAACCGCUCCGGCUAGAAAAUGCACUACGAAGAAUUAAAAAGUUAUCGGGUACCUUAGUAACAUUAAAGAGGCUGGCGUCCGUUCAGGAGCAGAGGGUACCCGACACGGAGGACGCGGCGGCAGGCGCCGCUAAGCCAGCCGACGCUCAGAGCAAGGCGCCAAGGGAGGACCCUCCGCACAUUGUCUGAACAGCUGCCGGCCGGUGCCUCCGCCGCGGGCCACCAGUCUGCCGCCGAUGAGCCGCACACGCUCCGAGCAGCCGGCGCCGCCGGCGCGGCCGGAAACUCCCUCGAUGCCCUUCUGAGCGAGCUGCAGGACGGAGGUGGCAACGGAGGAGGCGCGGCGGCGGGCACCGGCGCGGAGCCGGCGCCUCCGCCGCCGCCGCCGCCGCCGCGCACCUCCUCCCGCAGCCCGGCGCGCAGCGAGUGGACGCGUCCUCCUGCGCCGCUCAGCCGGGCCGUGUCGGCGCCGGGCGCCGCGCCGCUCUCCUCCACACUGGCGCUGAGCGACGAGAGCCUGGGCCGAGACGCCGCCUCGUCCAGCUCGAGCAGCAGUGAGAGCGUCAGCUCGCAGCGGCCCACCGGCGCCGCAGAGGCGCUGCAGCGGCGCGAGGCGGAGCUCCGGCGCAAACAGGCGGCCCUCCAGCAGCAGUAUGCCCGGCUGCAGGCCAUGCACGGCGCCCCGCCGCGGCCGGCCGGCGAGGCUCAGCCUGCGGCGCCGCCGCUAGAGGACUCUGACCGGCCGGCGGCGGCUCAGCAGCAGCCGUGAGCGGUGAGACAGAGCUCCGGCUGCACAACCAUCGGCACCGGCGCCGGCCAGUUGACCCGAUUGCUCAAGGCCAUAUAGCACGUGCGCCAUACUCUGGCUCUGCGCGUGGAUGUAGUGCAAUUGCGCUUGUCAGAGUAGAGAGAGUGGGAGAGAGUGGGAGAGAAUGUGCAAUGUUCGAUGCAGGGUGUUCUUGCUCAUGCCCGCUGCAGUCCCAUAUUUAUUCGUUGACGGGUCCCACUCAGCUUGAGCGCAGCCUUACGACUCGCUGUUCAGUGCCAACGCGCUUCUCUCCCCGGUGAACAAUGUCCCCCGCCUUCCCAUCCGCUCCCGCCGUCACCCCACCCUCUCCUGUGAUGACCGGUUCGAGCCGGUCGCCGAGCGACGCUCGCUUGUUAUGUUUGACGGAUUGUUGUGUGCGUUGAAAAGCUCGCCGCACUGCCCCCGACGGCAGUGAGGCGGCCAGAGACCGGGCGCUGUUGUGUGCUGAGCUGGAAUCGGGUAAAGGAACGACAGAACGCGAGAAUUCAGACGAAUCGCGAGAUGGGAGAAACGAACCGGCAGGCUGAUGAGGUAUGAGACGAACAUUCGACGAUUGGAGUGGAUCUGUAACUGGCGGAACUGCGUGCCAAAUGUGGAACAGAGCGAUACGACCGAACCCAUCUCAUCGUAACCCCGCCGCCACCUCCCACUGGAGUAACUGUGGGAUCGGCAAACCUGGUGCCAAACUGUUACGGACCAGAUCCUUACAGUCGCCCGCAGGGGUGCGGCACACCGGCCGGCUAAUCAAUACAGGAGGACGCGAGGGUGAGCGUGGGGCUGAACGGACGGGCCGUCCCGGGCCCCGGCAGGGUACUGUUGAAGUUGGAACAGAACUGAUUGUUGUGGAGAUAGGCCGGCUAUGUUUCUAUGAGGCGCAAUAAAAUUGUGACUGCCAAA